AGAAGUGACUUCUCCAAAAAGUGUCUUAGUUCCCGGUCACCUGAGCUCCCCGCGACGCGGCUGCGGUAGCCUCGCGGAUACACGCCCUCCACGGGUCCUGCGUGUCGACCCUGCCCUUGUCCUUUUGCUCGGUCGCUCCGCCACCCCGAGCCCUCCAAAGGCCUGUCCUUUCCCUUCUUGCCUUUCCUAGUCUCGGGCCGGACCGGGCCGAGCCGGGCCGCCCGGGCGCGGUCCCCAACCAUGGCGUCCCUCUUCAAGAAGAAAACAGUGGAUGAUGUAAUAAAGGAACAGAAUCGUGAGUUACGAGGUACACAGAGGGCUAUAAUCAGAGAUCGAGCAGCUUUAGAGAAGCAGGAAAAACAGCUGGAAUUAGAAAUUAAGAAAAUGGCAAAGAUUGGUAAUAAAGAAGCUUGCAGGGUUUUAGCCAAACAGCUUGUACAUCUACGGAAACAGAAAACAAGAACUUUUGCUGUAAGUUCAAAGGUCACUUCUAUGUCCACACAAACGAAAGUGAUGAAUUCCCAGAUGAAGAUGGCUGGAGCAAUGUCUACCACAGCAAAGACAAUGCAGGCAGUUAACAAGAAAAUGGAUCCACAAAAGACAUUACAAACAAUGCAGAAUUUCCAGAAGGAAAACAUGAAAAUGGAAAUGACUGAAGAAAUGAUCAACGACACACUUGAUGACAUCUUUGAUGGCUCUGAUGAUGAAGAAGAAAGCCAGGAUAUUGUGAAUCAAGUUCUUGAUGAAAUUGGAAUUGAAAUCUCUGGAAAGAUGGCCAAAGCUCCGUCAGCUGCCCGAAGUUUACCAUCUGCCUCUACUUCAAAGGCUACAAUCUCCGAUGAAGAGAUUGAACGACAACUCAAAGCCUUAGGAGUAGAUUAAUCAAAAAGUCAUGAUAUUUUUGUGUACUGAUUUAGUAUAAAGCAAGCACAGUGCAGAUUCCUUUUACAAAAACACAUUUAUUUUGCAAAAAUGAAAACCAUGAGUGAACAGUUGUUUCCUAACCCAUGGCCAUUUUGAGUCUUGCCAAAGAAUAACAAUGAUGCAAAAAUGGAAACAGUUUGAAUUUUAAUUAGAACUAUUUAGGAGUGAUGAUGUGUAAAACUGGAUUUCUUUUCUGCAUGGCAUAGAGAAAUUAUAACUAUUACUUAGUGUCUGUUUAUGUUCUAAAUCUUUUUACACUGAAUACAAAAUUCUUGUUAAAUGCCACUAGGCACCAACUUAAGGAAAGAGACUUGUAAAAAUAUUAAAAGUAUGUCGUUAAUUCUGUAUCUGUUGCUUGUCCUUUGUAAAUGAUUAUGUGUUAUGACCAUAGGCAGUUCAUCUGCCAAAUUAUUUUUAAAUGAUCAAAAAGAACAGUGCUGUUUCAACAUCUGUCUUAAAACUGCCAUGAGGUUUUCUUUCCUUUUUUUUUUUUUUUUCCUUUGGGAGAACAUUCUAGUUGGUAAGUUUAUUACCUUUCAAAAUGUGCUUGGGACCUGCCUUAAACAGCACAAACAUAUUGUGCUCAUCUUUAAAUUAUUUUACCUGGCAGAAAAGAAUUUCAUUUUAAACUAAAAAUUGAGGCCUCUUGUAACAGUUUUGCAGGCUCUCUUCUAAACCUUAUGAAAGUGAACUAAAUAUAAUAGAAACAAAGACACUGAAUUCAUAAUGCUUCAUAGUAAUCCAUAGUAUAUUUUUGUCUUUCUUCCAAGAACUGAGAUUUUCUCCAUGUAACUUAAUUUCUGUUUAAUUUAAAUUGAAUUAAUGUAUAUUCUAAUGUAUACUCUAAAUUGAAGGCAUUAUUCUUAAUGAAGUACAACUAUACAACUACUAUGACAAUACUUGACCUAAACUUUUAAAAUAAAAUCUUAACUUUUUUUGGGUGGGUUGGUGGUAAAUAAACAACUUUGUCAGAAAUGAUUGCCUAUAUGUGUAUUACUAUGUUAGCAUUCUCUGAGGUGUAAUUGCUAUGGUAUUUUAUGUAUACAGAGAAUAAGAGAACAAUAGUUAGAAUUUUUAAUUUGGUUAGUUUUGAAAAUAAUGUUACAAUAUAUGGAUUCUGACACAUCCAACCACAAAAACUCUGGAGUUGUUUAUGUAUAACUUGGUGGAUUUGGGGUGGUGGACAUUUGGCCUGAUGUUGGCAAAGUCACAUUUUAGGACUAGUAUACAUGUACUGUGUGGAUUGUGGAAGGAACAGAAAACUAAGCCAUCUAAGUUUAGAAUCCAUCAAUUAUACUGUGUUUACUAAGAACAUAUUCACAAUUUCCCUGAAGAGAGAUGAGUCAAAACAAUUUACUGGAUUAUGGAAUGUUGACCCAGAACAUGUUUUGGUUCUUGAAUGUACAUAAUAAUGCCAUUUAACUUUAAUUUCUUGUUUACAUGUGGGGGCUUUUGGUUUUUUUAAACUAUUUUGUUAAAAAAAACUGAAUAAAGAUUUAUUACUGUUAUCCUUUUUUAAAAAAAAACUCUCUUUUACUCUGUUUUUGGCUUCUGCUAAAAUUAGAAUUCUUAUGAUGUUUGGUAAUUUUCAAAAGAGUGCUUUUUAUUAUUUUCUUGGAAGGAAAGUGGAAAACUCUGCUACAUAACAUUUUCACAACAAAACAAAUUGUCUUUUUAAGAAUUAGCAUUUGGUACAGGAUUGAUGUUUGUGAAUGGAGUAAGCCUAAGAAGUGGUGGUUUCAUGUUAAAUUAUUCUGAUAAUCUCUUACUGGAGUUUCCAAGGACUAAAUUUUAAGUUUUAUAUUUAAGCUCAUAAUUCUUGCGAUUGCUUUCAUUUCUGUUAAAUGUGGAUACCACAGAAUUUUGGACUCAAAACAGAGUAUACUCCAUUCUGACUUGGCUACAUAUAUAAAAUGCUUUGGGUGGCAUAUUUAUGAUCACAAUAAAUUUGUAAUGUUACUCUAUCUUUUACGAAAUAUUGAAAGUUCCUUUUGGACCUUUGAGGAGCAAGAUAUUUUAUAGAUUGAGCUUAAUGAAUGUUGAUUAUUUAUUUAUUUUUUAAACCCUGUUCUCUGUAACUUGGUAAUAGGAUUUUUUUUUUUUUUUAAACAUUUAUAUUCAAGCUGCAAGGGGUUGCCAAUAGAGAGGGCAGAAUAAUAACAGCAAAAUCUCUGGUACCAAAUGGGAAGCAGUGCAAUGUCACAUUUUGUUACCAGAUGUAAAUGUCAUGGAUGGAGGAGAUUUGAGAGUACCAGAGAACUGGAAUGUGGGGGUAUGAAAAUGUCAGUACACGUGAUGAUAACACCUGGUAUUAGGAAACAAAAUGACCAUCUGUCAGGAUGAUUGUGUUACACAGACUGUACUUUAUACUCUUAAGAUGAGUGCCUGGUUAUGGCAGGAGCUAGUGGAAAGGGCCUCAGGAUUUUGACACUAUAGAACAGGAGUAGGAAGCCAGCUUUGUGUUAUUUGACCCACACUGUGAUUUUAUAUUUUGUUACUCCCAUUUGAAUGCCAAUAGGAGCCUGUACUCCCCCUUUGGCCAAAAGUACAUUCCCUACAUCCACUUGUCCCACUUCUAGCCUGAUGCUUGUGGACCUAAUUUAAAUAUAUUCCACUAUUUUAGAUACUUCUAUGUCAAAACAAGAUUUGUCCCAGUAUGAAAAGGAGUGACUUUCUUCUUUGAUGCCGCUACUCUGCACAAAAAUGUUUCUCAGCUGCAGAAAAAGAUCAGCCUUCUUAUAUCUUCUCUAUCAGCCAUUCUUCUAACCCUAGUUCCUUGAGUCAAUUGAAUUGAGUUCCUGUCAUGUAUAACUAAAAACAACAAAUAAAAUUUUUUUAAAAAAGCAAA